AUGUGGAUGGAGGGGCCCAACCUCACAGCGGUGACCGAGUUCAUUCUGCUGGGCAUCACAGAUCGCCCUGAGCUACAGGCUCCACUGUUCCUCCUGUUCCUCAUCGUCUACCUGACCUCACUGCUGGGCAACUUGGGCAUGAUCAUCCUCACCCAGGUGGACCCCAGGCUGCAAACUCCCAUGUACUUUUUCCUAAGACACCUGGCUCUCACUGAUCUUGGUUAUUCUACAGUUGUGGGACCCAAAAUGCUGGUAAAUUUUGUGGUUGAUCAAAAUACAAUUUCCUAUUAUUUUUGUGCUACACAGCUGUCUUUCUUUCUUGUGUUCAUUAUUAGUGAGAUUUUUAUUCUGUCUGCAAUGUCCUAUGACCGUUAUGUGGCCAUCUGUCACCCUCUCCUCUACACUGUCAUCAUGUCGCCAAGGCUGUGUUGGGUACUAGUGGCAAUUCCCUAUCUCUACUGCACAUUUGUGUCUCUUCUCAUCACCACAAUGAUUUUUACUUUGUCCUUCUGUGGAUACAAUGUCAUCAGUCAUUUCUACUGUGACAGUCUCCCUUUGCUAUCAUUGCUCUGCUCAGAUACUUAUGAAAUUGAGACAAUAAUUCUAAUCUUAGCUGCUUUUAACUUGAUUUCCUCUCUUCUGGUGGUCCUCGUGUCCUACCUGCUCAUCUGUGUGGCUAUUCUCAAGAUGAACUCCGCAGAGGGUAGGCUCAAGGCCUUCUCCACCUGUGGGGCCCACCUGACCGUGGUCACGGUGUUCUAUGGGACACUGAUAUUUAUGUACGUGCAACCCAAGUCCAGUCACUCAUUUGACACUGACAAAGUGGCUUCUAUAUUUUAUACCCUGAUAAUCCCCAUGUUGAAUCCUUUGAUCUACAGUUUGAGGAACAAAGAUGUAAAAUAUGCUCUUCAUAGAACAUGGAAAAACAUACAAAAAUAUUUUUCUUUAAAGGUACAUACAAUAUAA